AUUUUUAACCACUCAGCUACAGUUGAUUGUCACGCCUUUACACCAUGGCCAUUACAUCUUCUGUCCUGCAAACACUAACAGGCUACCAGGAACCACCUCCUGUACCGUCAGACCUCCUCCCUCUCGCAGAUUCCCCCGAUGUCCACCUGGUCCCUGCCACAGGACUAGAAUAUGUCCAAACUGCUAUAUUGAAUGGCGUCGAAUGGAAAGGUCCUUUGACCCUCGAGCAGUUUCUCGAACGAGAGGUGCAUCUGCAGGCCGCCGAGUUGACCAAGGAUGGUCGCAUCACUGGUUGGAUUCUGACAAGCAGCAAACUCCCUCCUAAUCCUGAUGGAUCGCGACCCAUCCUAGCCUCGUGUGAAACAAUUCCCAUCCGUGGUCGAGUCUCCCGCAAGGGUGCGGGCCAUGAUGUUCAGGCACAUGGUGUAGCUUCCGUCUUCACCAGGCCUGAACAUCGUGGCAGAGGUUAUGCUGGGAGGAUGAUGAAUGACCUAGGCAUCAGGCUGGAAACUUGGCAAUCGACUCAGGGAGAGACUAACGCCUUCUCUGUGCUGUAUUCAGAUAUUGGAGACAAGUUUUAUGCUCGACAUGGUUGGAAAACCUUCGAAAGCACACACAUCCACCUCGAAACCAUGUCAUCGCGAGACUACGACGAUAUCAUGGCGUCCUUCCCACCGGUCAAGGACCUCGUUGCCACCGAUCUUUUGAAGCUUCCUUCAGUUGCCUCUAUGGAGCAGCAUCUAGACCAGCUGUCCAAGGCAGACCCAUCGCGGCCCUACUGUGCAAUUCACCCAGACGUUGAACACUUUGCCUGGCACCAUACUCGAGAAGAAUUUCUAGCUAUGAUCAGUGGAAAGGUGGCACCCCAAAUCAAAGGGGCCAUUCAUCCAUCGUCAGGCCUGGCGAUUGUGUGGAAUCGCAGAUACACCUCACAUCCUAAGGAUUGUCAACUACACCUUCUCCAUGUCGUUAUCCCGACAGACUCCGAUGCUAGCCAAGACACGGGCGCAAUCUUAGCUGCCCUCUUGUUACGGGCUCAAAAGGAGGCAGGGGACUGGGCCAUGAAUGCUGGAGUAGAGAUAUGGGAUCCAACAGAAGAGGUGGUUGCCGCGGCCCAACUCCUCAAAACCAAUGCCCACGAGAAAGUCCAUGUCAUAACUCGUGAUAAAGAACAUCUCUGUUGUCUCCGGUGGACGGCCGGUAACAAGGAAGAUCCCGUUUGGAUGAAUAAAGAGAAAUACGGCUGGUGCUAGUAUACCGGCGCACAGAACCCUUGGAGUUUAUGGCUCAUGCGGUCACGUUAUGGAAGAUUCAAUGGUACAGUGACCUUAUGAGCAUCCUCUCAUCUGAAACUCCCAAGGCUAUAUCUCAC